CAGCAUCGUUGCAUCAGCGACCCCCCUGUCCUGCUGAAGAUCCACCUCGGCCCCAUCCCAAGCAUUUCGCCGCCGAUUCUCGCCCAGCAUGCUGCCCAGAGCCUUCCUGGCAUGCCUUGCCGCCCUCUGUCUCCUGGUCCCCUCGGCGUGGGCCCAAAUCUCCCUCAGCGCUGCCUCCUCCAGCGUCCUGGUCUACGCUGAUGCCGCCGCCAACGGCGCCGUGCAGCUGCGCUUCCAGAUCCCAAAGACCCUCUCGUACUUUGCCCUCGGCACCGGCUCCAAGAUGUCUGGCUCCGACAUUGUCGUCGUCUGGCAAAACACCGACGGCUCCGUCACUGUCUCGCACCGCCAAGCCUCUGGCCACAGCUUGCCCUCGCCCGUCAACCAGCAGGCCAUCUCAAUCGUGGCCAACCAGGCCAGCAAGGUCGCCGUCCCCAGCAAUGUCUACGUCGCGACCGUGAUCGUCCCCAGCUCCUGGGCCUCGUCCUCCUCCUUCAUCUGGGCGUACGUCACUGGCUCGCUGCCCACCUCGAACGACCCCAACGCCGCCACCUUUGUUCAGCACGCCCGGAAUACCCGCGGAAUCAUCCAGGGUUCGCUGCUGACCUCGGCCAACUCCUUCAAGAGUGGCUCGCCCUCGACCCCUCCUCCUCCCAAGUCUUCCAACGGCGCCCCCAGCCCCCCCGGCAGUAACAAUGGCAACAACGGCAACAAUGGUAGCAGCGGCAACACCGACACCGACGACAUUACUGGCGGUGACAGUCUUCCCGACUUCACUGUGGCCCACGGCUAUCUCAUGACCUUUGCCUGGCUGGUGUCCACCCCGAUCGGCAUCUUUAUCGCCCAGUUCUUCAAGGAGCGCUGGCACAACUGGUGGUUCCGCCUGCACCAGUUCUUCAUGUUCAUUGGCUGCGGUGUCCUUGCCCUGGUUGGCUUCUGGCUCAUCUUUUACCAAAAGCAAGUUGCCGGCGACUACCACUUUUCGUACGCCGACACGGGUCUGCAUGGCAUCCUUGGCCUGAUCUUGACUGUCCUCAUGCUCAUCCAGAUCGUCCUCGGUGUCGUCAUCGACCGUCUCUACAACAAGGAUCGCACCUCCGUUCCUUUCCAUGACAAGUUGCACUGGUACAUUGGCCGACUCGUGACCCUUCUCGCCAUCGUCAACAUCAUCCUGGGAUGCAUUCUCUACGUUGCCCCCACCUGGAUCUACGUUGUCAUUGGCGUGUGGCUGGCCCUGGUUGUUGCCGUCUUUGUCCUGCUCAAGGUCCAGCAGACCCGCACCCGACGAGCCAAGCCCGGAGAUGCCGAACAGCACUCCCUGUCUCGCCCCAAGCAGAACAAGCCUCUGCAAGGCCGCUACUAAGCCAGCGUCCGUCGAUCCUUGCUUUCGUCUGG